GGGGGUGUACGCUAACCUGGUCUACCGCCCAGUCAGUCCCCCCGGCAUUCAAACGACGCCACCCACCGCCACGGGUUACCGGAUCUGCCUCCAAUAACCACCGUCGUCUCCGCCAGAUUUGAUUGAUUCUGCAAAGUUGUCGGCACAGCCUCUCUGUAGAUCUCGGAGCCUCUGUCGAUGUGUAUUCGAUUUUGGAAUCUGGUAAUAUCUAUUUGAAGUAGUAUAUUUUAGGCCUCUGUGUGUGUAUCUUCUGCUCAAAUAAUCUGUCUUUUAAAUUAAUCGGUGGUACGUAUGGAGAAUAUUUAUUUCCCCGAAGAAAUUCUGGCGAAGAUCCUACUGAACCUGCCGGCCAAAUCGUUGGCGAGAUUUAGCUGUGUCUCGAAAUCAUGGCGUGAUUUGAUCCGAGGGGACCCUUCUUUUGGGCUCAAGCAUCUCAACCACUAUUUCAGCAAAAACAACCACCACCAUGAAAACGGUGCCGUCUUCCUCGUUCGACACUUAGGAAGCUUCAGCUUUUCCUCCAAUGGAUCUUCUUCCUCCAAUAGAUACCAUCAACUGUUGCUGACGGACGACUGCAACGGAGGUAAAAAUAUUUCUCUCCGUGUUUUUCCGUCCCCUGCUCUAGAUUUCCCUUAUCAUUUGUAUGGAUCUUGCAAUGGAAUUCUUUGUAUCGCGAAGUCAUCAUCCAUUUUUAGCCCUGUCUAUUUGUAUAAUCCGACAAUUAAGGAAUACUUGAAACUUCUCGAUUCGAAUUGUUUGGAAAAUUCUCCUUUCAAGGGAUUCUGGAAUAAGAGUGUGCUGGGUUUUGGUUUUGAUGUCUUAAGUGAUGAUUAUAAGGUCAUCAGGAUAGGCAGGAUGGGUGAUCAUACAUUAGAGUUUGUGUAUGUUGAAAUCUAUAAACUCAGUACAGAUUGUUGGACCAAGCUUGAGUUGGAAUUGGAAGGUGUGGAACUGUUUGGCUACUCUUAUACGCUUGAUCCUGAAUAUUGGAACAGCAAAUUGAUCAACAGCCUUGUUCCUGCUGGAGGAGUAUUUGUGAAUGACUGUUGCUAUUGGUCCGGAGAAUUUUUGGUAAGAAGUGUGGUUCUGGAGUUUAACUUCCGCUCUGAGAUUUUUAGACUGAUUUCACACCCGCAUUCGCGACCAAACCCGUCGUUUAUAACUGUGACGCCAUCGGUCUUGGGUGAUUCCCUUGCAUUGAUUGUUGAGUGUAUGCAUGGAUUAUUUGAAGUCUGGGUGAUGGGAGUGCAGCAAGAAGAAGAAGAUGGGGAAGAAGACUCCUUAUGGUCCAAGAAAUGUUCCCUAAGAGUUGGACCUGAACUCUAUCAUCCUAGCAUAUUGACAUGUUGGAACCACAAUUGGUUACUACUAAGGUCUUUUUGUGGUAGACAUAUAAGAUGUUGCUUUCUCGGAGAUGGCUUUACUGCAAACAAGGACUGGGAGUUUGAUGUUGCUUGCGAUGAUGCUUUGAGUGCUGUCGUCUUUCAACCAACUCUAGUUUCCCUUCAAGAGAAAAAAAAACUCGGAGGGUUAACGCGUAGUAGCUUAUUUAACUUAGAAACUGAAAAAAGAAAACCAAAAAAGAGGGGAAGGAAGCCAAAGUUGCUUUGCACCUGGUAAGCAUCCUCCAACUUGUGGGAAUUUUGGCCUCCCUGUGUCAGAGAGUUUGUGCUCUUUUUAUCAUGAAUUUUAUAGAGCUAGUUUUCUAAGAUGUAGCCUCAAAUCUAGCUUAAAAAUUCACGGCCUGCCAGACAAGAAACUAUGAUAUGAGGUGUUACAGGAGGGUUAUCCAGAUGCUCACUUUCAAGGAAGAGAGAUGGUCUUAUGACCCAAUGCAGUCGGCUUCCUUCACUGCACUUCAAGCUGGAAGAUCUUCUGGCCUUUGCUUGGGGCGAUUAUGAGUCAGAAAUUCUACUGCACCAUAUAUUUGCAUCUCACUCCCUAAACUAAAGUUGCAUUGUAGCAUUAGAAAAUUGGCGACAAAGAUGAACUGGGGAUAUAAGUAUAACUUCUCCAUAAAGUGAAAAUGUACUUAUCUAGUAAACAUUCAGAAACUUGGCCAAGUAUCCUUGAGAUCCCUUUUGACAUGCUUGUUAAAAAAAGCCUAGGAAUUUGAAGAUUCAUGUGUUUCCAGUCCAGCAAUGGAUAGCCAACGGCGUGAUACCGUUCUGUUCUUUCGUGAUAACUAAGAAUUAUCUCAAUAAAGUUGUAAAUCCUACACCUCCGAAGCUUCCAUAUUAAAUCGAAUUAUCUGAUAUAAAGUGCC